AUGGCGUGGGAACAUUUGUCGAUUAACAAGCCGCAUCUGGUCUACAUCAUCCUCGGCGGCUUCACUAGCAUUUUCAUGUUGGUGUCCCUCUUUAUCAAGGAAAAGCUAUACAUCGGUGAAGCCACGGUCGCGACAAUAUGCGGCGUCAUCUUUGGCCCGCACGCUGCCAAUCUGAUCAAUCCGCUGGACUGGGGUAAUACCGACCAGAUCACGCUGGAGUUCUCUCGAAUCGUUCUGGUUGUGCAGUGUUUUGCGGUGGGUGUCGAGUUGCCCAAGGCGUACAUGGAACGGCAUUGGCGGUCGGUAGUGUUUCUGCUGCUGCCCGUUAUGACUUUUGGCUGGCUCAUAUGCAGUCUGUUCAUCUGGUGGAUGGUCGUGCCACUGUCGUGGUUGGAGUCUUUGGCCGUGGCUGCGUGUAUUACCGCUACCGAUCCUGUGCUGGCCUCGUCCGUGGUCGGCAAGGGUAAGUUCGCCAAGCGUAUCCCGAAGCAUUUAAGAGAUCUACUCUCCGCGGAAUCCGGAUGCAACGAUGGCAUGGCUUUCCCGUUCAUCUACUUGUCGAUCUAUCUCAUCCGAUACAGACCCCACGCUGAUAAGGUGGCGUUCCAUUGGAUCUGCUACACCAUUCUUUAUGAAUGUAUAUUUGGCGCCAUCUACGGCGUUAUUGUUGGCUAUGCUGGUCGUCGUGCCAUUCGUUACUGCGAGGAGAAAGGUAUCGUCGACCGCGAAAGUUUCCUGGUGUUCUACUUCGUCUUGGCUCUUUUCUGUGCCGGAUCUGGCAGUCUGCUCGGUAUGGACGAUCUGCUUAUUGGGUUCUGUGCAGGAGUAGGCUUCUCGAACGACGGCUGGUUCUCUGAAAAGACCGAAGAAUCCCAUGUGUCCAACGUUAUCGACUUGUUGCUCAAUUUGACAUAUUUCGUCUACCUCGGCACGAUCAUCCCGUGGGCACAGUACAACUCUCCAGAGCAUGGACUUGAGCCCUGGAGACUGGUGGUCAUUGCUAUUUUCGUCAUCUUCUUCAGGCGUAUUCCAAUAAUGUUGGCUUGUAAACCUUUUAUACCGGACAUCAAAACGUGGCGAGAAGCGUUGUUUGCUGGACACUUCGGACCCAUUGGUGUGGGUGCCAUCUUCGUUGCCAUCUUGGCUCGAGCGGAGCUUGAAACGGAAUCGACCGAUCCGUUGGAUGAUCUACCUCCUCCGGGGAGCAAAGACUACGAUCUGAUCUAUCUGGUCUGGCCCAUCGUAACUUUCUUGGUCAUAUCAUCGAUUGCGGUCCACGGAUCUUCGAUCGCCGUGUUCACACUUGGCAAACGAAUCAACACCAUGACUAUAACCAUGUCGUAUACUAAGGACACCGAGGAUGGCCCAUCUUGGAUGAACCGGCUUCCUCGGAUCUCUUCGCAAGGUCGAUCCUUAUCUCGAGCGUCUAGUUUCAGCAUCGACGAGGAGAAAGGCCAGAUGCAGAUCCCGAAACUGCAGCUCCGGCGGCAGAAGGAAGAGGAGUAUGAUGAGAAAGCUGACAUGAAGCCCGCACCCGCCCAUACCAAGCCGCGCCGCAGGAAGAGAAAGAACGCAAAUGACUCCAGACUGGGCGGUCCUGUUUCCGCAAGUGCUAUUGCGCCCGCCAAAAGGUCUGAUCCUGCUUUGCUUCAGCAUACGGACACAGGCUUCAGUGGUUCCGACACCCUUUUCGAUAAAUCCAACUCAUCCCCCGAUACGCCACUUCGCUCUGCGGAAACUUCGCCCGAGCGAGGCGGUCCACGUGAUCGUAAUCAGUCCCGGUCGCGGUCGAGCAGUAGCCGGCCAGUGGAGGUGGAAGCGUACGACGAGGGCAACGAGCUUGUCGUGGAAGAUGAGGAGGGCAACGUCAUCUCCGCUACGGACGCAACAGGCAAGACUCCCGAGGAGAAGGCAGCGAUUGUUGAGUCAGCAAGAAGAAAGCUGAAACAAGAUCGAAGUGGCGACUUCACCAGGCAUCGUGGUGAAGCACAUUCCAAAGAGACUGAAGGCGAGCAUUUGGCUGAGGAAGCUACCUCCCCUCAAGCUACUGGAGACGGUGAUCAGUACCGUACAUGGGCACAGCGACUGGGUAAAUGGAAAGGCUUCGGAGGUGGCGGCGCAGCCAACGAGAAGAACGAGGAAGCAGUACGCAAAGACAUCGAGAAACAACAGCGAAAGCGCGGUGCGGCCCACGCUUACCAGUUCGGUAAUACCAUUAUCGUUGAGGACGAGGAUGGCGAAGUCAUCAAAGAGUAUACUCUCCCAGAAGCUGAGGGUGGCCGCAAGCGUACUUACGGUCAAGAUCAACUUCGCUCAGGUAUGCACCGCAUGGGAACAUACCUCGGCGUAGGAAAGAAAGAGGAAAUGGCGCCUCCGGAUGGAGAGGCACCCACAGCGCCUGCUAUUGCCGAUAAAGUCGACACCGACUCCGCAGAAAAAGAGAGUGAUGAAGCGGAGCAAGAGCCACAGCCCAAGCAGAGCAAGAGGCCCGGCCUGAACGUGGAUGACGACGACGGUCUCCGCCUCACGAUCUCCCGGCGCCAGGAAUACGGAUGGACUGGGCAAAGGCGAGCUUCCGCAACUGGUGCAUCCUCGAUAGCGCUCGGUAGCGGUCGUCGACUGUCUACGCGCGACUUCCUGAAACAGAUGCAAGAGCUUGAUCCCAAGAAUAAAAUCAGGGAGGUCGAGAAGAGCGACGCACCUGAGCAUGUCAAGGAACAGCUUCGGCAAAGUGCAAAAGCAGAACAGGCAGCUGGUGACGCUCUGGGCGUUGCCAGGACGCCUGCAAGCCGGGCUGGCAGAGGGCCAGGAGAAGGCGGUGAUUACUUCUCGAUGCCGACGCGUCCACAGGCGAAGCGGAAUACAACAAAGAGCACGAUUGAAGAGGAGUCGGAAGACGAGACCUCCAGCAACGGUGACGUCGAGACGCCUGCUCCCGGCAAGACUCCUGCGGCUGUACCGGAACGCCAGAUCCCGCACCACGAUGUGCGCUCUGCGAUUGCCCGCCAUGGUCCUCGUGGACCAGGCGCGAGAACUGCAGCUGAUGCUCGUCGCGAGCGGCUGUCAACGAUAACAUCGAACGAGUCCGGCGAACGAAACGAUGAUGACGAUCAGGGUGAAACAGCAGCUGAAAGACGGCGACGCCUAGCUGCUUUACACGGCGGGGGCGACGACUCAGAUGAGAGCGACGGUGGAAGCGUCAGACAGGUCAAGUCUGCAGUCAAGGAGCCGUCAGGUGAUGGUCCAAGCAGGGCACCGACGGUGACUUGGGGCGGCGAGACCGGUCGGGAUCAGCCGAUGAGGCGCACUAGAGAGGCGCAGCCGGCGAAGGAGACUGAUGCUGUUAGAUCUGAUAAGGAGGGGUAUGGAAUGGGCGGGACUGCGCAUAGAGCUGGGGAGAGGUUGAAGAGUAUUUGGAAGCGGUAG